CAGUCCGGAGCGCGGAGGGUUCCCACGGCCUUUGCAAGCUGCAAGCCCCCGAGGUUUUGACUGCUCGCCGCUAGCAUGGAUGCCACCUGGUUGAUCCAUCUCCUCGCGCUCUGCGCUCUCGUGACGGCUGUCCCCUCUGACAAGAAGGCGGCGGCGGAGAAAAAACCGACCUCGAAAGAGAAAAAGUUGAGCGAGAAGGCCACCACCUUGGCUGACCGCAGCACCAUCUUGGCCUUCAACCUCUACAACGUGAUGGCCAAGGACAAGAACCUGGAGAACAUCUUGGUGUCUCCCGUGGUGGUGGCGUCUUCUCUGGGGUUGGUGUCUCUCGGCGGGAAGGACGCCACGGCGUCGCAGGCCAAGGCCCUGCUUAGCGCCAGCAAGCUCAACGACGAGUACAUCCACACUGGACUCUCGGAGCUGCUGACCGACGUCAGCAACGCCACGGCCAGGAACGUCACCUGGAAACUGGGCAGCCGCCUCUACGGGCCCAGCUCCAUCAGCUUCGCGGAGGACUUUGUGCAGAACAGCAAGAAGCACUACAACUGCGAGCAUUCCAAGAUCAACUUCCGAGACAAGCGUAGCGCCCUCAAGUCCAUCAACGAGUGGGCUGCCCAGACCACGGACGGCAAGCUGCCCGAGGUCGCCAAAGAUGUGGUGAAGACCGAUGGGGCCUUGAUCGUCAACGCCAUGUUCUUCAAACCGCACUGGGACGAGAAGUUCCAUCACAAGAUGGUGGACAAUCGUGGCUUCAUGGUGUCGCGUUCCUACACAGUCGGCAUUUCCAUGAUGCACCGUACAGGAUUGUACAAGUACUACGCGGACGAGGCGGAGAAAUUGCAGAUCGUGGAGAUGCCGUUGGCUCACAAGCUCUCCAGCCUGAUCAUCAUCAUGCCGAACCACGUUGAGUCCUUGGAACGACUGGAGAAGCUGCUUACCCGGGAACAGCUGCAGAUUUGGUUGGGCAAGUUGAAGGAGCGGUCAGUGGCCAUCUCUUUGCCCAAGGUCAGCCUAGAGGUCAGCCACGACAUUCAGAAACACUUAGCCGAUCUCGGCUUAACCGAAGCCGUGGAUAAAAACAAAGCCGACCUAUCCAGGAUCUCGGGCAAGAAGGAUCUGUAUCUCGCCAACGUCUUCCACGCGGCCGCCCUGGAGCUGGACACGGAGGGGAACCCCUUCGACUCGGACCUGUACGGCCGCGAAGAAAUCCGGAACCCCAAGCUCUUCUACGUCGAUCAUCCCUUCAUUUUCCUGAUCAAGGACAAUAAGACCAACUCGGUCCUGUUUAUCGGCAGGCUGGUGAAGCCCAAGGGAGACAAAAUGCGGGACGAAUUGUAGGUCGUAGGCCCGGUUUCAUGUAUGUCUGUUGAUAUACA